CUGCCCUGCGUGUGACGGCACGACGCUGGGGCUGGAGAGGGGAGGCGAUGAGAGGAAGCUGCAAUAAACACACAGGGCGUCUGCGCCUAUUUAAAUAGGACAAUAAAGUGAAAUCGGUAUCAAUGCUCUAACAAUGGAUUUGUCACCGCUGCUUCCCCUUAAAGUUUUCCUCUUCGUUUACUUGCUAAACUACACCCAAGGACACUAUAGGAAUCCUCUGAACAAGUAUAUCCGUCAUUAUGAAGGUCUGUCCUACGACACAGAGCUCAUUCACAGCAAGCAUCAGAGGGCCAAGAGGGCCCUCUCCCAUGAAGACAAGUUCCUCCAUUUAGAUUUUCAUGCCCACGGAAGGCAUUUCAAUUUACGAAUGAAAAGGGAUGCCACCUUAUUCCCUCCAGAUAUGAAAGUAGAAGUUUCAGGGGAAGAGAUUCCAUACGACAGCUCUCAUAUUUACUCUGGAGAAAUCUACGGUGAGAAAGGGACCCUGAUUCAUGGCUCCGUUGUGGAUGGUAAGUUUGAGGGCUUCAUACAGAGCUACCACGGCACUUACUAUGUGGAGCCAGCUGAGAGAUACCUGGAGGGCAAAGACGUGCCAUUUCACUCAGUCAUCUACCACGAAGAUGACAUACACUACCCGCACAAGUACGGCCCAGAGGGAGGCUGCGCAGAUAGCUCUGUGUUCGAGAGGAUGAAGAAGUAUCAGGCCUCUGUUAGAGAGGAGCCAGCCAAGCAGGAGCUCCACACUGAGGCUGAGCUUGAUGACCCAGUGCUGCUGAGGAAAAAGAGGAUGGCCCAGGUGGAGAAAAAUACCUGCCAGCUUUUCAUUCAGACUGACCACCUUUUCUUCAAAUACUAUAAGACCAGAGAUGCUGUCAUAGCUCAGAUCUCCAGCCAUGUCAAAGCCAUUGAUGCCAUCUAUCAGGGCACAGACUUCAUGGGCAUUCGUAACAUCAGCUUCAUGGUGAAAAGGAUCAGGAUAAACACCACCAAUGACGAGAGAGACCGAUCCAACCCGUUCCGCUUUGCCAACAUCGGUGUGGAGAAGUUUUUGGAGCUCAAUUCGGAGCAGAACCACGAUGAUUACUGCUUGGCUUACGUUUUCACUGACAGAGAUUUUGAUGAUGGGGUGUUGGGACUGGCCUGGGUGGGAGCCCCCUCAGGGAGCUCUGGGGGGAUCUGUGAAAAAAGCAAGAUGUACUCUGACGGGAAAAGGAAGUCUCUCAACACUGGUAUAAUCACUGUACAGAAUUAUGCCUCCCACGUACCUCCAAAAGUCUCUCAUAUCACCUUUGCUCAUGAAGUAGGACACAACUUUGGCUCCCCGCAUGACUCUGGAGCCGAGUGCACCCCAGGAGAAUCCAAAAGCCAAGACAAAAAGGAGAAGGGCAAUUAUAUCAUGUAUGCGAGAGCCACAUCGGGAGACAAGCUGAACAAUAAUAAGUUCUCCGUCUGCAGCAUUCGCAACAUCAGCCAGGUUCUGGAGAAGAAGAGAGGCUGUUUUGUUGAAUCCGGUCAGCCGAUCUGUGGUAACGGCCUGGUUGAGCCUGGAGAAGAGUGCGACUGUGGCUACAGCGACCAGUGCAGAGACGAGUGUUGCUACGACGCCAACCAGCCUGACAACAAGAAGUGUAAAUUAAAGCCCAACAAAGUCUGCAGCCCGAGUCAGGGUCCUUGUUGUACACCAGAGUGCAGCUACAAGGGUCGCAAUGAGAAGUGCAGAGAAGAGUCUGAGUGUGCUCACCAGGGCAUGUGUAGCGGCAUAAGCGCCCAGUGCCCAACCUCAGAGCCCAAGGCCAACUUCACUGCCUGCCAUGGAGAAACUCAAGUCUGCCUCAACGGGGGCUGCUCCGGCUCCAUCUGUGAGAAGUACGGGCUCGAGGCGUGCACCUGUGCCAGCCAAGAUGGCAAGGAUGAGACUGAGCUUUGCCACGUCUGCUGCAUGGAGAAGAUGAACCCAAACACAUGCAGCAGCACAGGGUCAGAGCGCUUGGCUCGUUUCUUCAAUAAAAAAGUAACCACCUUGCCAGCGGGAUCACCUUGCAACGAUUUCAAGGGCUACUGUGAUGUGUUCAUGAAGUGCCGAUUGGUGGAUGCCGACGGACCGCUCGCCAGACUAAAGAAGGCCAUCUUUAACCCAGAACUCUAUGAGAACAUUGCAGAGUGGAUUGUGGCUCACUGGUGGGCCGUGCUGUUGAUGGGCAUUGCCCUCAUCAUGCUCAUGGCUGGCUUCAUUAAGAUCUGCAGUGUUCACACACCGAGCAGUAACCCCAAACUGCCUCCUCCCAAACCACUGCCAGGCACUCUGAAGAGGCGACGAGCGCAGCAGCACGCCAGCUCUCAGGUGCAGCACCAGUCACAGCACCCUCACCCCCACGGAGGCCACGGCGGGCAGCGACAAGCCCGGGGACAGCCCCAGCGGCAGGCGCAGCCCCAGAGGCACCAUCGUCAGCCCAGAGACAACUAUCAGAUGGGCCAGAUGAGACGCUGAGACCCUGCAACCCCCCCUCCUGCACCUCCGCAACCCCCAAUGCCUUGGCUCUUCCUCGUGCCUACAGUGGGAAAUAAAAGCGUCACUCCAUCCAAAGAAAAGCCUGACAUGGUUGUUUGUCAUCGUCAUAUCCUCCAAUCUGCAGACAACACGCUCACGUGGAAGAAGAGUAAACAUUGUCUAACAAGUCAUUUAGCUCUCUGUGGAGUGGACUCGACCAUCAGCCAUCUCCAAUGCAGUGCGAUCAAGCGUCGUUUUCCAUCUUUCUUUUUCUUCCUUCCUUUGUUCUUUUCUCUUUUGUUUAAAGGCGUGCCAAGGAGUUAAGGAAUUAUGUGUAGCGUUGGUACAUCCUGUGAUGUGUUUUUAGUUCUGUUGCGAUGUCUUCUUCGAGUGACUAGCUGGUGGCUGCUGGUGAAUUGUUCCAUGCUUCUUCUUUUUUCCUCGUCACCAUCCCUGCCAGGAAUGAGAGACACUCUGGGAGUUUGUGGCACUUUUUUCUGAUUUUUACAUGUCGAACAGCAAACGAGACAGGCUCUGGUCUCUUCAUGCAGACAUUCUUCUGCAUGUGACUGUAAAUAUUUAGUGUAUCAUAAGUGAAAACAAACUAUUUCUUCUACUGUAAAUGUGUAAUUCUUCACUUUCUUUUCUUUUUGGUUAGUGCUCUCAGGAUUCUUAAAACAUAAAUGAAGGUACGUUGAGGAUUUGACGCUCUUGAGUUACCAGUCAGUUGGAUCGCAUUCACUUUUAUUUGAUUGCAAGAUUAUAAACAUCAAGGGCAUCUGAUCCCUGUUUUUACUUGUUUAUUUUUUUGGUCUUGCUAACGUUAUGCUUUGCUCAUGUUGCGUAAGGAGAUGUAGCGUCAUGGGAACCGAAAUGAAGGAUCACAUAGUUUGGCACAACACUUUUUGUUUGUCACCAUGAAGAAUGAAGCUGAAGCUGGUUAUGUUCAAACAUGAAGGCUAGGAGUCUAGAAACGAGUCAUGUCGCAGAGUUAGUUUACAUGAGUGUGGAAAUAAAUCUUUAAAAAUGACUAAAAAAAUUUAAGAUGAAGUCAUUCUAUUAUUCUUCAAAUAGUGAAUCUAAGAACCUUUCAAUGUGGGCAUGCAGACACAUUUAUUACAUGUGACUUUGAAUUGACAAAGGUCUGUAAUCUUCGUAACUCACUCAACAGUACUUUACUUUGACAGCUAUAUAACGAAGGAUAGAGAAGUAUAAUGCAGCAGUGUUGUUCACUAACGUUUUCCUCAGUGCGUUCACUACUAAUUUGUAGGAAAAGACCCGCAACUAUUUCCUGGUCUCAUCUUGAGGAGAAUCAGGUCCUUUAGAGAGCUCAGGAGUGCAAGAAUGCUCACAGCGGCGCGGCAUAAAAAUCCACUAAGGGAAUCUUUCAUUGUGCACCCGGACGGGAAUGUGAUCGUUUCUGUUUGACCUCAGGUGUUUGCGAACAAAGCCCAUUUGUUAAAUUUAUUUAUUAGAGGACAGUAUACGGUGAUGUAACCAUGACGUAUGGUUUGGGGGAUUUUUCUUUAGAAACUCUUUAACGAGCAUACGUUUUUAAAUUGAGAAAAAAUUCCUGACUUUCUCUAACAGAUGUUUUACUGCUCUCCCAUAUAACUCACACUCAAGAUAAGUCUCCCCUGCUUAUGAAUUUGCUCUGCUCCUAAACAAAACCGUGUUUCUGCAGUCAGAUUUGUUGCACAAAUUUCUUCCGCUCCAGUUUGAGUCUUAUACCUUCACUAGAACUUUACCGUGGAUAAAACCUACGCUCUCAACCCCGUUUUUUUCCUCCUCAACACUUUCUUUAGAGUAACUCUGACAGCGCUGCUUUCUGUUGGGUGUUCAUGUUAUUGCUCAGAGUCACACUGCCAUUUUAUUGGCUGGACAUGGUAUCAAGCAGAGUUACUAGGGCAAAGACAAAUGUGCAAACAGUGAAAACACCUGAAAGUACAGCUUUCAUCCCUGUAGAGGAGGUUAAAGCACAAGAAGCAGGAUUCAAACAGCAGCAGAAGAUAUGUGCACAAUCUGAGCAUAUAAACACUUUGGAGGUUGAACAGAGCAUGUUUGUGUAUUCGUUUUGGGUGUGAGAGGAGAGUUUUGAGUGAGAGCAGUCCAAUAUCUGACGGAAAAUAAGGAGUCUUGCUCUUGAAUUGAAAAUGCAUGCUUUUAUGUCGCAUAUGUAUGGAGGAAAAAUUCCCCCAUAAUGACACUAAACUGCAACAAUGUUCUUACAUAAAUGCCUCUGCAAGUAGACGCAAGGCAAAGCACAAUAAGCACAGAUAUUGGAUUUCACUUCGCACGUGCGCUCUGACUUUAGUUUUAAAUGCACGCCCCGCCAAUAACGACUAAUGCAACAGUGGUUGUAGUAAUAAUGAGCUCUGUAGGGUAGCGGUUGAUGUAAAGAAUUAACAUGUGUCACUGUUUCAGCAAUGAGGCGGAUGAAGCCGAUAGGUCGGCAGUCGCUUUUACUCAUCUCUGUAAAAAACGAAGCUAUUUUUAAAUCUCAUCUCCCGGGCCACAUCUCUCCUGUCAGGCCUGCAGAAUUUACCUGUAAACUUGUACAGUACUUGGAAAAAAACAAAUUUGCAUUUAAUUUGAAAAUGAAAAGUACAUUUUGAUACAUCUAUUUCUUUCUUCUUUUUUUUUUUUCUAAAUUCAGAGUAACUUGUUAAAAAUGUUCAUAUGUGACAAAGUUUCCUCUCUACUAAGUUAUUUAUGUUCUUCUCUGUGCAAGUAGAACUGGAAUUUGCUUUUUACUUUUGACCACUGUCAUCAAUGGGGGGGUGGGGGACUAUUCGGAGUGAUCGAGUUAAUGUUGCAUUCUCAUUAUUAUUUUGACCUUUUCUUAUCCUGUGGCAUGGUUUGGGUAGAUGAGCAGAAGUUUAAAAAAAAAAUGCCUGUAAAUUUACUUUGUUUUUAAUUUCAUAGUCUUGGUAAAAGUUUUUAGAUAAACGUGCACUGAAAAUGUCCAAAUUGAGUUGAAAUGUUGUAGGUGAUGUAGGCCGUAAGAACACGAUUAAACCGUAAAAACUACUGUCUGAUUUUAAUGUUCACUGUGUUUUAUACAGUAUUCGAAAUUUUUGUUCACUUUGAACAUUUUUACUAAAAAAAUAAAAAUUUGAAAUUGUAUUGUGCAAAGAGAUGUAAUUUUUGGAGUACUUGAAAUGCAUUAAUUAAAAGACUCAUUCAAAAUAAAAUAGAGCUCUGUUUACUGUC